AUGGAACAAUGGAUGGGUAACCAAUCACAGUCUGAGGGUGGCAUAAAUGAAGAAGACAAUGCUAUCAAACAAUCAGAAGGUACUAUAUGUGAAACUCCAGAUAGAAUAUAUGGACGGAAGGGUCAGAAUUUUCAGCAAGAUUUAGCAACCAUACGCCGGAGUGGUUCACUUUCAAUCCUUGCUUCAGGGAACAUGGAUGAGCCCUUUGUGAACCUCAGUAUAUCUGAGAAGCAGCCAUUACAUGUUGUGAUCGUAAGGACCGAAGAAGACAGAAAUUUAGGUUGCUUUUGGCAUACUUAUAUACAGCUAAUGGGCGCUGCUACGCUUCAGAAGUAUGUUGAUAGCUAG